AGUCCUGGGGGUUUUUGGUAGCGUGCGAAGCCGGGAGAACCAGGAAGGAAUCAGGAAUCGGUGCCGGAGGGGCGAGGGCUGCCGUAGCAAAUAGGCCCGGAGCAAUGGCGGCUCCCCCUGCACGAAGUUUCCUCUCAGGGGAAGGGGGACGGGGACCUCCAGACCCCCCUCCAGAGCCCAAGCAGCUCCCUGAGCUGAUUCGCAGGAAGAGAGAUGGAGAGCGCCUGAGUGAGGAGGAUAUCAGGGGCUUCGUAUGUGCGGUGGUGGACGGCAGUGCACAGGAUACACAGAUCGGGGCUAUGCUGAUGGCCAUCCGGCUGCGGGGCAUGGAUCUGGAGGAGACCUCUGCACUGACUCAGGCCCUGGCCAAGUCUGGGCAGCAGCUGGAGUGGCCAGAAGCCUGGCACCAGCAGCUGGUGGACAAACAUUCCACAGGGGGCGUGGGUGACAAGGUCAGCCUGGUCCUGGCACCCGCCCUGGCUGCAUGUGGCUGCAAGGUGCCAAUGAUCAGCGGGAGAGGUCUGGGGCACACAGGUGGCACCCUGGAUAAGCUGGAGUCCAUUCCUGGGUUCAGUGUCAUCCAGAGCCCAGAGCAGAUGCAAAUGCUGCUGGAGGUAGUGGGCUGCUGUAUCGUGGGUCAGAGUGAAGAUCUGGUCCCUGCAGACGGACUCCUGUAUGCAGCUCGAGACGUGACAGCCACCGUGGACAGCCUGCCACUCAUCACAGCCUCCAUCCUCAGUAAGAAGGCCGUGGAGGGAAUAUCUGCUCUGGUUGUAGAUGUUAAAUACGGUGGGGCCGCAGUCUUCCCUGACCAGGAGCAAGCCCGGGAGUUGGCAAGGGCAUUGGUUGGCGUGGGGGCAGGCCUAGGGAUGAGGGUGGCAGCCGCGCUGACCUCCAUGGACAACCCACUGGGCCGCAGCGUGGGCCACGCCCUGGAGGUGGAGGAAGCGCUGCUUUGCCUGGAUGGCGCGGGGCCGCGGGACCUGCGGGACCUGGUCGUUCAGCUGGGUGGCGCCCUGCUCUGGCUCAGCAGACAGGCGGAGACGCAGGCACAGGGCGCAGCGUGGGUGGCCACGGUACUGGACAACGGCUCGGCAAAGGCCCGCUUCGAACGCAUGCUCGAGGGGCAGGGCGUGGACCCUGGCCUGGCCCGGGCUCUGUGCUCCGGGACGGCGGCCCAGCGCCGCCAGCUGCUGCCCCGCGCGCGCGAGCAGGAGGAGCUGCUUGCAGGGCGGGACGGCACAGUGGAAGGCAUCCGGGCGCUGCCGCUCGCCCUUGUGCUGCACGAGCUCGGGGCCGGACGCAGCCGCGCAGGGCAGAAGAUCCAACCGGGGGUAGGCGCCGAGCUGCUGGUGGACGUGGGCCAGAGACUGCGCCGCGGGACGCCCUGGCUCCGCGUCCACCUGGACGGCCCGGCGCUCAGCGCCCAGCAGCGCCGCGCCCUGCAGGGGGCCCUCCUGCUGUCUGACCGAGCACCCUUCGCACCCCCCUCGCCUUUCACCGAGCUCGUCCUGCCGACGCCCUUCCUACAACCCUGAAGCGGAGCAGCCCCGUA